CACCGACGCCUGGAUAUCAUCGUUGUGCCAUACGACGAGUACGCAUGCGCGCUGGUAUACUUCACAGGCUCCGCCCAUUUCAAUCGCUCGUUACGUCAUCUGGCGAAGAAGAUGGGCAUGUCACUGUCCGAACAUUCCUUGAAUGUUGGCGUCGUCAGGAAUGGGACAGAAAAGAUCUACGAAGGUACGCCAGUGCCCACCCCAACGGAGGAAUCAGUUUUUAUAAAAAUGGGAAUCCCUUUUAGACCACCAGACGAAAGGGACCAUUAACUAUUGCUUCGAUCACUCUAGGGUGAUACGAGAAAUUUAAUACUAGGUCGAGAAUCUACGAUGUGUAGUAUUAUGUUAUUGGCGGUUAGCUGGAAAUUGCAUCCUUAAUUUUUCUUUGCUAACCUUUUUACGCUUACCCCAUCGUCAGUCGAUAUCUUUGAGUUGUUUGUUUCCGAUUCCAAAAAAUAUUGACACAUACAUUACAAAACCAACAUGCUUUUAAUGUGCUGUUCAUUAAUAGUAAAGAAUUAGUUUCAGUAAUGUGUAUGCAGUGGUCGCAUGUUUUUUGUUUGUACCUGCUAUAAACAAUGUCACGAUCAAAAGCCUAUUAGCUAUGGGUUUUUGUAAAAUUAUUUUCAUAUACAUAGAUCAUUUUGGUAUUUAUUCCUUAAAACACAAUGCUUGACCAAUUGCGAUUUACGUCUGUAUGCAAACACAUGUUAAUUAAUUUUUAUAUUUAUUUAAAAUGAACUUUAGUUUUAUGUCGAAUAUUUUGUAUACAAGUUGUGAGCGAGAUGUCCAUAUUUGCUAAAUGUUGUAAUAAUGAAUUUAGUGUAUUCAGUGCUGAUUUAAUUAUCAAAUAUAUUUGUGUUGUUAUAUGCAAUACAUUUAUGAUGCUUUCACAUAACACUUUAUACGUGAUAUUUAAUGUGACAUCCAUAUAUAUGUAGUCAUUGUUGAUAUUUGUGGUAUAUUUAAGAAAUGUUUUAAUGGAAUUUUAAUUUAUUUCAAAUACCUUAUCAUUUUGAACGGACUAUCAUAUGUAUUUAAUAUAUUUUUAACAUAAAAUAAUGUUGUUAAACUGGUUUGUUUGCAUGUUGUUUCACCAUAACAGCUGCUGGAGUAAAGUAUACAUUGAUUUACAAUCUCAACAAUGCUAGACACCAAAUACACGUGAAGACCAAAUUGCAUAUCUACCGCCAUACCAUGUAUUAAUUAAAACAUUUUACAUGAAACGUAUUUGGUUGUGUUUUGAUUUUGUGUCGUGAAUUUGGCGCUAUUGCAAUAUCUUUUUGUCUGAUAAAGGUUUAAUGCUCUAUACGGGAUAUUUUCUGGAAAACAUAUAGCACUUGAGGCUCCCACUAAUA